CUGGCCUUGCAAGACUGCCUUGUACCAUGGACCCCAAUCCUUUCAUCUACUGCACCUGCUGUGACUGCUGCAAAUUGGGACAACCAAAGCUAAUCAAGACCCCUUAUCCACUUCCAAAGACCCCCACGGGGAAGUUUAAGCCAGUUUUACCUCCACCAAUUUCAAAAGAACGCAACUUGCUCCUGUCCCAACCAGGAAAAUCUACUGUUUCCCCAAAGGACAAGGCCCAGUCAGGAAAGGCAGAGAGCAGCAAAGCACCUUCUGAAGUGAUUCAAGUGUCACCUGGCUAUACACUCAUUCGAAAUCGAGAACAGAUUUCUGUCACCUUGGGAGAUGAGAUGUUCAACAGGAAAAAGCACUUGGAUUCAGAUGUCUUGAGCAAAGUCAAAUUUUCCAGGACUGAUAUCAUUUCUGACCUUCAGGAGCAGAUUGCUGAAUUGAUGGCAAUAAUAGAACAGAUGAACAGAGACCACCAGUCUGCCCUGAAACUGCUCUCCAAAGAGAUGGAUCUCCGCUGUUCCAACAUGAAGCAGAAGUUUGAAACCGAGAGCAG